AACACUUUAUCUGGUGCCAUUUCUGUGUUGUGACAAAGCGCCGUUUAUCAGCAGAUCUCUCAGCAGCAGGUUGAUCACAUGAGCUGUCUGGAUAUUUCACCACCACCUGAGUUCAUUAGGUAAGUGUGCCCAGACUCAGAAGAUGGCUCUGCUAAUGGAGCACCAGUUCAGACAGCUGCCAGCUGACAGACAAGUGGAGACAAGACCGUUUCUGGAGGCUGUGUCAUACCUUCCCCCAUUCUUUGACUGUCUCGGGUCCACUGUUUUUGCACCGAUCAAGGCUGACAUUUCCGGGAACAUAACAAAAAUCAAGGCCGUCUAUGAUACCAAUCCGGGACGGUUCAAGACACUUGGGCAGAUUUUGGAGGCAGAGAAGGAAAUGCAUGGAGCAGAAUGGCCCAAAGUUGGAGCAACAUUGGCACUCAUGUGGCUAAAAAGGGGUCUAAGGUUUAUCCAAGUUUUCCUUCAGAGCCUUGUAGAUGGUGAAAAGGAUGACAAUAACCCAAACCACAUUCGGGUUAAUGCAAACAAAGCUUAUGAGAUAGCUCUGAAGAGGUACCAUGGCUGGUUGGUGCAGCAGCUUUUCAAGGCAGCUCUUUUUGCUGCUCCAUAUAAGUCCGAUUUCUUGAGGGCUCUCUCUAAGGGACGGGAUGUCAAGGAAGAGGAAUGCUUGGACAAAAUCAGAAAAUUCUUAAUCAACUUUUCUGCCACUGUUGAUGCUAUUUAUGAGAUGUACAGUAAGCUGAAUGCGGAUCUUGAUUACACAGUGUGACCGUGGGGUAUUAUCUUUUCCUCCAGUGAAGCAGUUUGUUUACAGUCAUUUACAUUCAGUCUACGUCUUUACAGGGUUACUGUACCUCCAAGUAAUCUGUUGGCUCACUGUGGGUGCAUAUUUAUUGCACACUGUGAUUACAGCUCAAAAGUUUAUGCUCUUUCGCUCAUCUGCACGCCUUUAAUAUCUACUUCAGUGCAUUUUUCUCUCAUGGUAUUUAUUCUGGGGCAGAUAUUCUGAAUGCAAAAUUUCUCAUAUUCAGAAUCAUGUCUUCUUUAACUUUCAAAUCAAAUAUUUCUAGAUAUUUAUUUGUAUUACCAUAAUACUGAUGCAACAGUGUAGACCUUUAAGUGUAUAUGGAAACAGCCCUAUUGAAUUUAAAGCAUUCUGAAAUAUAUAUAAUACAGAAAUUGUGAUAGUUGAAUUUAAGGGUGAUGUCAAUUUUAUUUGUUUUACAUUUAUCUGUGAUUAUACACAGAAUUGAUUCAAAUUACAUUUUAAAUAGUUUUCUUAAAUUUCUUGCAUAGCAUGGGAAAUUUUAAAUUUUUAAAGAAUUGAGCUCAUACAUAUAUGAUACUUCAUAUGCAAUUAUUCAAUCAAAAUACAGUCUGUGAAACCAUAAUUUAUAUUAUAUAAAGUACCUACAAUCAUACAAAGCCAUGAAAAUAUUCUGGAGAAGAAGCCAUAUGUUUCCUUCUUGGAUAACAAAUUGUGUGCAGUAGGUUUUGUUUUGUCUUAACUUUUUGCUUCGUGUUCUCUCUCUCUCUCUCUCUCUCUCUCUCUCUCUCUCUCUCUCUCUCACUCUCUCUCUCUCUCUCUCUCUCUCUCUCUCUCUCUCUCUCUCUCUCUCUCUCUCUCUCUAGGUUAUUUCAUGAUGAACCUUUUUGUUACAUAUCAUGUCCUGAGGAGACACUUGUUUCUUAAGAUACGUCAAUAUUGGACACUCCUCUCCUCCUGCUGUUUAUAAAAUUGCACCUUUUCUGCCUUAAAUUGUAGGUACAAAGCAUAUGAUAAAUAAAUAUGUCAAGUUUUCUGGAUAUAGUCCUGCAUAUUUUUGUAUAUCACCUUGUGUAAACUACACAGGGCAGUUAAGGACAAAAUGUUAAUUAUUACUGAAGGGCUGGGGUUCUGAUUUUAUACCUCCAUGUUAUGCAGGGCUUCAUGUACCUUUAUUGGGCUGUACUGUAUUUCCAAAGCAUUGUUCUGUCUGUACACAGUAUUUUUCCAUCCAGUGUCCUCACAGGUGCUUAAAGAAAAGUGAAUGUGUAUUUCCUGAUAACUUCAUUGUUGAGGGUGUUUCUUAUCUUUAGCCUUUAUACUUUUUUAAAUAGGCAGGGAGAUGAGAAAUUCUUGUAUGAAAACAGACAUACUGAUGUAUUGAACAACAAAAGAGAAGCAAGUAACUGUAAUAAAAAUGUGACUGUGAGAAAUGAAUGUUCAGCAGUCACAGGAGUAGCAUGUCUUUACAGAUUUCAGUCUAAAUGAAGUUACAUUUUGAGCUUAAAUCUUUCACAUACUUAUUCUUCUUUGUUGUUUAGUAUUUUCUCUGAUGGUGGUCAAUCAUGUUGAAGGCCUUUGGUGAACCUUUUUUUUUUUUUUUUUUUUUUUUUUUUGAGUACAUGUGUUGCAGUGUUUGUCCGGUGCACAAGAAAAAAAAAAAUGCAAAACAUAUUUUAAAUAAAAAUACAAGCAACAGUGAAUGUGUAUAAAACUUAAAUAAUGUUUUAUGUGUUUAUUUCUGUAAUUUGGGUUUGCAUUAUUUAUAUGUUGCUGUAAUCAUGUCUUUAAUUCUAUAAUAUGACAGAACAUUGUACAGGCAGCAACAUUUGCAGUGAGAUAAACUAUUUAACAGUUCAUUUUACAGUGGUGCCCAUAAAGUUGAAAUAGUUUUGUUUUCAGACACAUUCCUCUUUUUAUUCCCAUUUAUAC